ACCUGGUUAUCGGCGAGAAGGGUUCCGGAUGCGCCUGAUAAAUCCUCUGCAAGUAGCAUGUUGCGUUGCGUACGUUAGUAUCCGUGUCCGGUGCAGAAGAAGCUGGCGCUAUCCAGAAUCCACAUUCGUCGCACAGUUCUGUCGGUGAGGCAGCGAGUUCUAUGGCAUGCCGUGGUUGGAUGCAUAGAUCGAUGAGAGAAGUGACAGUUUUGAGUUUGUCAUGGCAAUUGAGACCUUAAGCGCUGAAGAGGAGAGAAAGUAUCCGGAGUAGAAUUCAGGGGAGGUUCGACGUUUUCUGACGAAAUUGGAGUUGCUGUAAAUCGACCUUGGGCAAUUAGUGACAAGGGUUUUUGUGCCCUGAGAUGGACACGUCCUAGUAAUUGGAUUCUAUCGAGGAAUUUGAAUGAUGACGUGACACCCUAAUUCUCCAACACGUAGUGGAAGUCGACGUUGAUGUGCUUCGGAUUGCAACGCUGCCGCAUAAGAUUUCUCUGCUAGGUCUCAAGUCGAGACUGAAUUCACCGUGUGCCCAAUAGCUCUUCCGCACGAUGAAUUCGUUCACGGAGCGUCACACUGCACGAUCCACGAGCACAUACCAAACGGAACACCUAGAUGGCGACAAGUUCAUCGUUACGAGUAAAAUCUUGCUGGCGACGUUCGGCGUCCUCUUCGUUGUCAUCCUCUUCUUGACUUUCUUGCAUCUGUACACGAAAUGGGUUUCAGUUGAGACAUCCGCGAGUCGCCACAGCGGUGCCCUAGGAUCAUACUCGUUCUGGCCUGCGUGGCGACGCGACAGGAGCUCUGGUCUCGAUGAAACAGACGGUGAUAUGAUGGAAGUGAGUGUGAUUGUGGGGCUAGACAAGUCGGCGGUGGAAGCGCUUCCGACUUUCAGGUACCAGACAGAUCGAAGCCGUGUAGAGUCAGCCGAAAUUGGAGUCAUAGAUUGCGUGAUCUGUCUACGAGAUUUCGAGAAUGGAGAAAUGGGUCGCACGCUGCCCAAGUGCGGCCACAGCUUCCACCUAAACUGCAUCGACAUAUGGUUGUAUUCUAGUUCGACGUGUCCUCUAUGCAGGGCUGUGUUGGAGAGCACCAACGAGAAAUCGUCUACGAAUUCAGAAUCGGCGAGCGCUCAGUCUUGUUUGCAUUCGGACUCAACUGAUCUUUCCAGAAGAUUCCGAGGUAGGGUUCAACCCGAGCAAACCAUUCUUCCGCAACAAUCACAACCGGAGCAGGAUGCGGAGCAGCACACGAGAACGGAACCAUUGCCUAAAUCUCAACAACCAUUGCAAUCAGCUCAACAACAACAGGAGACAGCGAAGAGAGCAGAUUCAAUUCCAGCCAACGUGUUAUUCUGGGGUACUCAGUCACAACAUUGGAGCGGUGAUGCCCGAUUCUCCAACGUGGUGAACACCUCGUUCCAAUUAGCACCAUUCCAAGUUGCCAUUGACAUCGACGAAAACCCCAGCACAGCACACCAUGAUCAUCAUCACCAUUAUAUCGCAACAACGACGACAACAACACAGCACGCUACAACCUCCGAUGACCUAAAUUCUUCUUUGCUGGCUAGCCUUGUCUCUCCCAAUUCUCGUGCUUCUGUAAGUUCUCGCCGCCUACUCAGUCGAAGCAGGCUGCCGCAUUCCGGAGAUUACUUCCAUGAAACUUCACCUGUGCUAUCUUCAUAGCCUGUGGCCUGUCUACCUGCACGUUUGCGCACAUACUCCAUAGCCAGAGAUUAAACAACAACCAACAUUACUAGUGCCUCAUAGGAAUCACAAUAUUAAUAAUCAACCAAACAUUGGAUCUAGGACUAGCCCAGACGAAGUGUAUAUACCACUGCCAUAGCAGGUUCUCUGUAUAAUUCAAUUCAGGAUACAAAUUUUACACAUGUUGUGCAAA